AUGAAUUUCAUGGAGUUCCUUCCCGAAAAGGUAAUAGCCAUGAAUGAAGAUAAUGGAACAUCAGGUUCUGGUUCAAUAAGCAGCAAAAAGAGGGGUCCUACGGUCUGCAAAAAACUGAAAAAAAGAAUUGCAAACCAGAAAUUAGAGUGUACUAUUAAUUUUGAUGAAUAUGGUCAGCCAUGUGGGGACAUGCUUAAAGAUUUUACCAUCUAUCUAGGAUCCGUUGUUCGUUUUCAAGUUGAUAUUAAUUUGGAGAGUUGGGAUGCAGUUAAUCAAGGAUUAAAAGAUGUAAUUUGGGAUGAUAUCAAGAGUCAUUGGAAGCUUGAUGAUUCACGAAAGAAGAUUGUGUUGGAGAAAGCAGCAAAGCAUUGGCGGGAUUUCAAGGGCAAGUUGACAAAGAAUUUCCUCCGAGCCGGAAAGGAUCCAUGUGAAGUUUAUCAUUUCAUCAGCCGAGAGCAAUGGGAAACAUACAAAAAGAGACGUGAAAGUGAGGAAUUUAAGGCAAUAAGUGAGAAGGCAAAACAAAGUCAGAAACAUAAUGAACAUGUGCAUUUUCUUGGGUCGAGUGGAUAUAGAGCAAAAAGGACUAAGUGGUGCAUUGAGGACCCCAUAGCUAAUCUAGAAAAUUUGGAAUCUCUUGACUCGUCAAUUUUAUCGAGUGAUCGUAGCAGUCGGAGUUAUGAUUGGGUUAGAGCACGUACAAAAAAGAAGGAGGACGGCAGUUAUUACAUCCCAAAUAGCCAGACAAAGGAAGUCUUUGAUAAAAUGGGAGAGUUGCAGAAGCAAGUUUCAGACGGAAGUUGGACACCACAGGGUCAUGAUGAUAUAUUAUCACGUGCACUUGGACGUAAGGAACAUGGAGGACGUGUUAGAGGUGUUGGUGGAGGAGCAAAAAUCAAAGAUGUCUUUGGAUCGGGAAAAAGCAAACAGAGUGGGGUCAUCUCAAUGGAUGAAUUGGCCACGAUCACACAAGAAAUCACAAAGAAAGUUCAGAAGGAGUGUGAUGAAAAGAUGGAGAUGAUGAACACAAAACUUCAUGGGAUCUUUCAGUACUUAAAACAGAUGGGCCUAUCACUCCCUGAGAAUAAUUUCAUGGAUGAUAUCGAAAACCCAAGUCCUGGAAUUGUUCGAAGCAGCUGCCAGUCAGUAGGAGGAGAAGAUCAUAUAUCAGAGUUGAUGACACCAACUCUUUGUCGGCUUUGCGUGCUGGAUAAGGUAAAAGGUAGAGUUGUUGUGGCUAGGGGCACUGUAUUCCCGUCGAACAAUGAAAGGGGUAACAUGAUCCAUAAUAAUCCAGUUGCCCCACAAAAUGUUAGAGUAUCUGUUGAUGAUGUUGUACCAGAAUAUCAACUGACUCCCCUUCCAGUGCCUUGUUCUGAACAUGAAACAAUAGGAAAUGCUGAGGGCAGUUUUGUGCAGUGGCCUAAGGAGCUCGUGAACUUAGGACAGGAUCCCGUAUCUUUGGAGAAGAAAAAAGGUCUUGAAAAAAGCCCGAAAAAUGUUGUCAGAAGGCUUGAGAGUAAAGGUUCAACUACUCCAAUAAAGAAAGGCUCGGGUGAUGAAAAUUCAACUCAAAAUUGUCGAUCCUUACGGUACUUGCUUGAGCAAUCUGGUUCAAAAGGUGCAACCUUUACUUUUCAAGAUGGAGGAAUUCCCAUUUAUGUGACAUAUGAAGAUGUUGAUCAAUUUCUGAAAAAGUGUUGGUUAAAUAUACCCAUCUUGGAAAUCUUUUCGAAGUACGGUGCGAAAUUAUGCAAAGAGCUGAACGAUGAUACAUUUGCAUUUAUGUCACCAUCUAGACUGGUGAUAAAUCACAAGCGUGACUAUAAACGUAUUGAUGAAGUCAUUCAGUAUAUGACAGAGUUUUUAGUUGCGAACAAAGAUAAGCGUUUUAUCUUUGCACCAUACAUCCAAGAUGAUCACUGGAUGUUGCUUAUGUUCAGUUUGGAAGAAAGUGUUAUUUAUGUGUUCGAUUCUUUGAGGAGGGAACGAGAUAUACGGUUGACGACACCAGCACGAACUGCAUUUAAACUGUAUGUACCACAAGGUGGAAGGAAAAAUAACAGGAAGGAAUUUCUUUGGUAUCAUACAGAUGUUCAGUGUCCUCAACAACUAGGAGGUACGGAGUGUGGAUUUUUUAUAAUGAGAUACAUGUAUGAAAUAAUCACGCUUUCUCAAAAAAAUCCUAACACUAACUGGAAAGAGGGUCUUGGUUCAAGGAGAUAUACGAAGAAGGAAAUUAAUGAGGUUCGAGAGUUGUGGGCUGAAUUUUUUACCGUUGAAUGUCUAUAAUCAGACGGACAGUCUAUGAAGGUCACUCCAAGUUUUGAGUGAAGAAAUGAAGAAAAGACUCAGACUGAUUGGUAGAUUUCAUAGAAUUUUUUAGUGUUUGUAUGUAGUAAGAAAAAGUUAGACUGAUUACUAGAAUUCAUAGACUCAGAUUGUAAUAUAAUUUCAAUAUACAUUUUGAUUGCUGUAAUGGAUGUGGAUUCCUAGCUAACUAAAUUU